AGUCAACAGCAUUGCCCUAUCAAUCAACGGGUGUUUUCCACUAAAAUAGACGUUGGAGGUUGGCAGAAAGCGCAUUUCAAUCGAAUCGCCAUCCUUAUCGAGACCGUCGUCGCCACCCUCACCUGUUGAACAAUCACCACACAAGAAACGAAGUAGCUCUUUUUUUUUGGUUUUCCGGUGUUUUGGCGGUCACGUUCUCUUCUUCACAAUCUUCUUCAAUUUGUAGUGUCUCUCUUUUAGAAUUAAAGCGAAAAGAUGCUGAGAACCCUUUGAAGUGUAUUUCGGCUCCUCAUACUUACUCCACGCAUCUCGCCCUCUUGGUGAUUAGAACAAUAAAAGCUCCGUCAAGACGGUUUUUAUAAAUAUAUUUCUCCUCUCUUUUGUGUAGCCAGUUUUUGUUGCUGUGUUCGUUGAUGGACGUUCUGUGCUGGUUUAGUCACUUUCCUCGGCCUCUAUGGUCGUGGAAACUGCUCACCGCCCUCUUCCUCUACCGCCUUCUGCUGUGUCUCACCGUGCGCACCGCCGAGUCGCCGGACGAGUGGUGGCAGAGCGAAGAGGUGGCCUACUUCAUGGUGUUUGGCCGUGGGCACCUGACGUGGGAGUGGGAGGAGGGGAUUCGGUCCUACGUCUUUCCUUUACUCUUCGCCGCUCCGCUCUUUCUGUUGAAAUGGACGGGAAUAGACUCCGCGUGGACGGUGUGGGCUUCCAGCCGCUGCGUGCAAUCCCUGCUUUUCUUCGCGCACGACUGCGCUAUGCUGGCGUUGGCGCAGCGCCUCGACUACCUCGUCCACAAGGCCAAAAAAAAUCCUUCUGCAGUGGCCAAGACGACCCACACCGUCGCAUCGCGAUCACCGACGAUCGCCUCCGUCACCCUUGCAAUUCUCGUAGUGGAGUGGUUUCUGAACUACGACGGUGUGCGGUGCUACUCGAACGUGGCGGAGUCACUCUUUUUCCUCCUCGCGCUCUAUCACCAAACCUACAAAGGGUUCCUGUUCUGGGCCGGGGUAGCGUGUGCGAUGCGUGUGACGGCGGCCUUCGCGCUGCUGCCUAUCUUUGCCUUUCACGCCUACCAGACCUGUCGCCAGAAGGGUCUCACGCGUGGCGUCUUCUACCUGUUGCUCAUCACUUUCGGCAUGGGACUUGGGAUUGGCCUCGCGGUGUGCGCUGUGGACUUUGUGUUCUACAGACGCGUUGUCAUUACCCCGCUGCGGUUUCUCCGGUUUAACAUACUGAUGGAUGUGAGCAGGUACUACGGGGUGCAGCCAGCUUACUGGUACGUGGCUCUCCUGCCCGUCCUGACGGCUCCGUUUUCGAUCUUUUUGUUGUGGUGGCCGAGUGCGUGGAGUCGACUGCCGAGUGAAAAUGCGAGUCGGCCCAGCACCGGUGGGGCACCUACUUUCCUCAGCGGUGGCGCUGCUGCCGCUGCUGCUGCUGCUGCUACAUCGUCGGUCGCGUUCGCUCGUCCGCGUCCCGUGCGGCGCGAAAUUCGCCGCUGGGCCAUUGUGGCGGCGUUUACGCUGCUCUGCCACAGCGCCGUCGCACACAAGGAGAUGCGCUUUGUUUACCUGUUGCUUCCUUUGGUGUUGCUUUUUUCGAGUGUGGUGGUGGCGAUGGGCUGCACGACGAUGCCGCCGCCGUUGGCCCCUCGCCUGAACUGGUACGGCCUUCGCGUCCCCAGCGCCUCCACCACUCGGCGGCUCUUCAGCGCGUUCUGGUUUGUCAGCGCGUUUCUGCUGCUCUGUGCGCUCUACGGCUAUCGCCGUGGUGGGCCGACCAUGUUUCGUGAGCUGCGCAAUGCCCCAGGGCACUUUCGCCAUUUGGAGGUGCUCACGCACUGCUACGCCACACCUGGCUACGCACACGUGCACGGUAAAGUGGAUGUGCUGGAGUGGGUGGACUGUCCCAUGAAGUUGGACCCGCAGACGCUGGUACGUGAGGUGACACAGGACCGCCUCUUCACGGAGCAGCCGAAGUCCUACGCACUGUGGCGCUACUUGCGAAGGCGGUCGCCUCUGACUUUUAGCGCGAUGCGUGCGGGGAAGGAAGACGGGAAGCUUUCCGAGGAGGUGUGGUGGCGAGAAGUGCAGCGCCUGAUGCCGGCCGACGUGGCUCCUGCGCUGCCCGGUGGACUCAUUCUCUUUCACAACGCGGCGAAGAAGCUGGAGGGUGAGUUGCUGGUCCCCAUGGGGUACCGCCUGGACAAGGUGGUGGCACACGCCCCGUACAGCUUCGAGCCGAACGAAGACAGGACCAUUGAGCUCUGGGUGCGUGACGCUGCUUAG